AAACUGAGAUGCCAUCAGCUGACGGUGACACGGACGCGCACCUCGCCAUCCUCGUCCCUCCUUCCAGCCCCCUCUCGCUACCAUCCUCAAUCUAAUCGAAAGAGGAGGCUAAGAGGAGAGGAAAAGAAAAAUCAAAUGAGUGAACGAAAGAAAUAAGGAGGGAAGGGAGAGAGAAAGAGAGCUCGCGCGCAGCUCCAUGGUCACUCGAAUACUGGAAGAACGCGAAUACGUUUUGGAUUCGACUUUUCUUGGAGAGCACCUGUCCAAAAACACAGCGUCUGUUGGCGUGCCUGAAGCAAACAGUCAUGCACCUGAACCGAGAGGACGAGGACGGGAAAGGUUCAUUGUCUCUGAGUGUGUUCCUGAUAUCGGUGGGUUUAACUGUGUGUGUCGUAUGGCUGGUGGCGCUGUGCGGGGUCUGUGGAUGGUGCCAACGCAAACUGGGGAAGAGGAAUAAGCCUGGGGUGGAGACAGCGGGAACUCCAGACUCCGUUUCGGUGUCGGGAAGAGGCAGAGGAGAAAAUAAAGCCAUCAAUGAUUUAGACAGGGACUUUUGGAAUAAUAACGACAGCAGUAAUGUGCAGCAGCGUUGGAGCUCAUACCCGCCCAAGGAGUUUCUCUUAAACAUGUCACCCUACGCUCCCUACGGAGACCCUCGCCUCACGCCAAAUGGAACGCUGGAUAAAAGGGAGGUGGGCGGGGGGGCAGCGGGUGGUCCGAGUCGCAGUGACAGCUGCAUAGGUGCAGGGACCAGCAGGUCCGGGAGGUGGCAAACUCUCCAGAGCCACCUGCAUUCUGGAAGCUUGAGACCCAGCAAUUUUGGGGACCCCUCCCUGUCUACCACCUCCACCCUGGAGCACAUCCCGUCCUCAGCAGCUCGCCCCAGGCCCCUGGUCAGGCAGCAAAGCCUCCAGCAGCCCCUAACCCACCAGCCCCCGCCAGGCCCCAACGACCCCCCGGUCACCUCCCAGAGUCUGGGUCAACUGCACACUGGCCCUGGGGGUGGGGGCCCCCGGGGGGGCCCGCGGGGGGUGCGUGGUAGCCCGGCUGGGGCAGGGGCGUCCCGCUACAGGUCGGCCGGAGGAGCGCGAUCGCGUUCCAAUCCCGGAAGCUGGGACCACGUGAUGGGACAGAUUCGAACCAGAGGCAUGGAUGUCAAGUCAUUCCUAGAGGGCAAGAUGGUCGUUCUGUCUCUAGCAAUCGGAUUGGCCGAGCAAGAUGAUUUUGCCAACCUUCCAGACCUACAGGAGGCGCCAGCGGACAUUGAAGCAUCUCAGACUGACAAAAGACCUGCAGGUAACAAACCCGGCAGCAGUCCCAAGGGCCAGACUCCAGACGAGAGCAACCGCCGGACAGAUGCCAACUCCUCCGUCUCAGACCUGGCCAACUCCGUCACCAGCGACAUGCUGAUGUUGUCCCCAGGCUCUGAAGAAGAGGAACACGAAGGACCCGUGUGUGAGAAACUGGGUCGCAUCCAGUUCAGCGUGGGCUACAGUUUUCAGGACUCCACCUUAACAGUGAAGAUUCUGAAGGGUCAAGAUCUACCUGCCAAAGACUUCUCUGGAACGUCAGACCCGUUUGUAAAACUAUACCUUUUGCCAGACAAGAAGCACAAACUCGAGACCAAGGUCAAAAGGAAGAACCUCAACCCUCACUGGAACGAGACCUUUCUGUUUGAAGGGUUUCCAUACGAGAAGGUGGUCCAGCGUACAUUGUACAUGCAGGUGCUGGAUUAUGACCGUUUCAGCAGAAAUGACCCUAUAGGAGAAGUGUCGGUCCCCCUGAACAAGAUUGAUUUGGCCCACAUGCCGACAUUCUGGAAAGAGCUGAAACCCUGCAGCGAUGGCAGUGGGAGUCGAGGUGACCUGCUUGUGUCUCUGUGUUAUAAUCCCACGGCCAACAUCAUCACUGUCAGCAUCAUCAAGGCACGCAAUCUCAAAGCCAUGGACAUUGGAGGAACAUCUGACCCUUACGUCAAAGUGUGGCUGAUGAACAAAGAUAAACGAGUGGAGAAGAAGAAGACGGUGGUGAUGAAGAGAUGUUUGAAUCCCGUGUUUAACGAGUCGUUCCCAUUCGAUGUCCCCGCUCACGUCCUCAGAGAAACCACCAUUGUCAUUACAGUCAUGGAUAAGGACAAACUGAGUCGCAAUGAUGUCAUAGGCAAGAUCUAUCUCUCAUGGAAGAGCGGCCCAGCAGAGGUUAAACAUUGGAAAGACAUGAUGAGCCAUCCACGCACUGCCGUUGCCCAAUGGCACGCUCUCAAAGCUUGAAGGAUCCGCCCACCAAAAUUUUUCCUGCAGUUUGAUUUCGAAGACUCUAUUUUAUUCACAACUUUUAUUUUUUCUCCACCAAAAAGAGGCUAAGCACUGCCAAGAAGUCUGGGAGAGAAAGUCUUGUACAGCAGAAGUAAACAGACUCGUCUUCCUUGAGAAAACGUUUGACAACUCAGCUGUUCGGCUGGACCGCAAGCAGUGUGACUUCUAUCACCGCCGAACUCGAACCGGCUCGAACAAUUCCCAGAACACAGACCCUUUUAUCACCACGUUUCUUGUCUCGCCCCCUCGCGCCGUCUCUCUCUACGCGUACGAAAAGAUCCGCCAGGAUCGCAACCACAGUGCAAUACCUUGCUAAAAGAGGGACGAACUUGUUGUUUGUCAGAUUUUGUCACCCCUUGAUGUGUUUUUUUUUCUGAACCGUGUAGAAAUUGCUCUUCGCUGGAACUCUUUGUUGUCUGUAUGUACUGUGGGUGCUGUUCUGUGAAAGAAAAAAGAGGUCUUGUUUAAAAAAAAUAAUUCAAAGUCACUUUAUCUGACCAGUUCGAGUGCUUAUGGGAAACACGUUUGAACGAUUUUAGAACAUUCCAAUAUAAAAAAACGACACGAUGACAAAAUCGAAAAUUGUAACAAUUUGGGUUGGGUACUCUGUGCAAAUACGUGAAUGCCAAAUGCUUCUUCGUAAUGUCAUUUUUACUGGUUGUUACAUUCAGAAAUGCUCUUCUACGGUCAGGUCAACUUUCGUUGAGAACAAAGUUACGAGACAAUCUUGGUGAGCGAAUAAUUUUAAGUUAAAACCAACAUUUUUUAACUAGCUACCUGAAUAAAAACAAUAUGGUUUAAUGUCACAGACAUUGUAUUGUUAACUCUAUAACUGGUGCGUUUGCUUUUUGUGCGUUAGCAGCGCAUUUGUUUCGUACAAUAUGUUUUCAGCCCCACAGUCAAACGAAACGGCCAUUUUAACUCUUUCCCCACCAUUGACGAGUUAACUCGUCAAUUAAGAGAAAACGUUUUCCUGCCAAUGACGAGUUUUUUCUGCAAUCCGUAUUUCUGCUAUUAUCCACCAGGUGGCGCUCUUACCCAACUUAACCAACCCGGAAGUAUUCCCUUAAGGCAAACAGUUCAAACUCUGAUUUUUAUCAAAAGUCCUUCACAAAAAUGCAAUUAUUUCAGCUUUUUGGUCAAAAUUUUGUAUUUUUGAAGAAACCUACUCAUAUUUGCGAGGUGAUAAAAAGAGAACAAAUAAAGGUAGGAUAAAACAAUUUUUUAAGCAGAGGGUCUGUUUUUCAUUUGAUAUAUUGUAUGUUUAUAUAUUUACACUGCAAAAAAUGAUUUU